AUGGCUUUCCUAGCGGCGGCACGCCACCUGCUGCGCUCCCCGAGGCUGUCCAGAUAUUGCCGUUUUGGGGCAUGCGUUGCGAAAAGCGCUUUGGACGCUUCUGCUUCUGGACUGGUGCGAAGCUCCCUCGAGGCACCUAGAGCUGACAGGGAAGUUCGGCGCGCUUUGCUUGCCUUGGGUGCUUGUAUCGGUGCAACUCCUGUGGUAUCCUGGUCAGUCUGCGAGAGCGGUGAGGGAGCAAAGCAAGCAGACGCGGCCACAUCUAACGACGACGAGGAGGACGAGGAUUUCGACUUCAACUUUGCGAAGCCACCAGUGGUCCCUGCCCCUCUGGAACUUCGAUUCUCAGUUCAGGUGAAGCCAGGAGACCCUGGCCAACGGCCGCUGUCGGACAUUCUUGUGCAGUCGGUGUUCUCUCUUCCCGUGGAGAGGGGAUGGCCUCGUGACAAGCUUUCUCCUGCAGAGGUAGCUGAGUCCAUGUCAGGCGUAUUGGCUGACAGACUACCACGAUUUGCGGCCGACUACUGGGAUCUUCGAUUAACAGGUGCACCUAUGCAGCUCCGAGGAGGAAUAGACCACUGGCCUGCCGGCGAUCAAAAGCCAGCUGAGUUGCGCUCCGACUAUUUGCCGGAGCCCUUCCCUCCACUAGUCUCACUACGGAGACUUGCAGGUUCUGAGACAGGAUUUACCUUGAACAGCGCGACGACGCUGACCGUUUCCUGCACGUCACUUGGGGUCCGAAAGGUGGAUGCUGACGAGCGCCUUGACCUGGAGCUGACGACACGCUUGCAAGACUUUCCCGUCGCCGGUUGGGUAUGGGGUUUAGUGGGAUGUGGAGGCCGAUGGUGGUUCGAGAAGUACCGUCUUCCCGUUCUUCGCCGGCUGCUGGAGGCAUAUCAUCAGAUGGCGCACGAGCAGAUGAUGCUCUUCUACGUCGCAGCGCUUCGAGAUUAA